AUGAAAUUCACACACAUUUCAGUCUUUACAAUUGCAGUGUUGGUCACUAGUGUUCAUGGCAUUUGGCCAAAAUCCCGUCAGACACCCAAUCCUGUUGGUCCAAGUCUAAAUAGCCAAAUUCUUCCACAAGCAACAGGUGGUCCGGAACGUCCGAGUACUUCGACAACAACUCAUGACUUGGGUGGCAAUCAAGGCGGUCAUUCAUGUCAAAGUUUCUGGUCUCGUCUAAAGUCUUCCAAGCUCAGUAAGCUUUUAUGUAGUAUUGGAAAAAGACGCAAAUCUGGUCAUCGAAAAGACAAAAAGAAACCCAAGUAUGGACGAAAUGAUGGCUCUAUUGACUCACUAUUGAUGUCACUUUUAAAACUACCGAGAUUUUCACAAUCGGGCCAUCAAGGUGGUGCUCAAGGAUCCAAGUACCUUGUUAAAGAGAAUUCAAAGCAACACCGACGUGUUGCUAAAGCAAUAGAGAAAGACAUGAAUAUUAAAGCAAAUCCUCAAGAAACCGGUUUUAGAAAAGACCUGUCUGUAUAUUGGUCAAAUCUUGGCGGGUACGAAAAAUGGAUCAAGGAUAUUCUGGAUUUCAAUCUUAGAUUUGAAGCCACUAGUAAACUAACGCUCGAGUUUAUUGAGGACUUUGGAUUGAUUUUUGAAAAACUUUUGGAGAUGAUCAGAGCACUUCGAGGGGAAUUUUAUAGGCAAGUGCUUCGUUUAAACAAGGAUCCAAGUCAGUUUGAAGAUGUAAUUGAAGAUAUACUCGAUCUAGUAAACCAAUUUAUAAGCAGACAAGAGGAUGCACAAGAAUUAUUUGCAAGAGUAUUUGGGCGUCAUUCUAAAAUUGACUGGUAUAGCACGAAUUUAAGACCGCAAUUGAUUUUAUGGUCCGAAAGUUUGGAAUAA